ACCAUUUUAAAAAUCAUUUUUCUGUUCAUAUGCCAUUGACCUUAGGGUCAAAUGUAUACAUUUGCAUGAACGUAUCUGUGAAAACACCAGCCAGUUAAUGGUCAGACAGCAUGACUGAACAAAGGCAACGAGCCCUGUCAACUUCAGGGGAAGCACUGUACCAAGUUCUUGGCCUGCAGAAAGGUUCUUCUCAUGAGGAGAUAAAGAAGUCCUAUAGAAAACUAGCUCUGAAAUAUCAUCCAGACAAGAAUCCAGACAACCCUGAUGCCACAGACAAGUUCAAGGAGAUCAACAAUGCUAACGCCAUCUUGACAGAUGUGACAAAGAGGAACAUUUAUGACAAGUAUGGCUCCCUUGGUCUCUACGUGGCAGAACAGUUUGGUGAAGAGAAUGUGAACACAUAUUUCAUGCUCUCCACCUGGUGGGCGAAGGGUCUCUUUGCAAUCUGCGGUCUGCUAACAGGCUGCUAUUUCUGCUGCUGCCUGUGUUGCUGCUGUAACUGCUGCUGUGGGAAGUGCAAACCCAAACCGCCUGGAGGGGAGGAAUACGAGUGUCACGUCUCACCAGAAGACCUGGAGGAGCAAAUUCGAACAGACAUGGAAAGAGAUGGUGACACUCCCAUUGUGCUUCAGCCAACAAACGCUAGUGAGAAGACGCAGCUUAUUGGAGAUGGCCGCCGCAACUAUAAUACAGACUCCUACAACUGACUGUGGAGACUGCAGCAUAGAGUCUUCAAGCAAUAACCCAGAACUCAAUCAGAGUUUACUUGUAUGUUUAUCACUGGGAUUAUUUAUUCAGUGUCAUUCAAAUGACCAAGAUGUUUGAUAAUUGUUUUUAACUCUAGAUGCUAUUAUCUGUAUAAAAAUAAUUAAUACAAAACUGAAAGUGUGUUUGGUAGUGCUAGAGGGAUUUGAACAAGAACUACAUUUUUAAGUUAUUUUGGAGGGCUCUCAGUUUACACAAUAUCAGUCGUUCCCCUCCAAGCAAACAUUUGACAAAGAAAUUCUUAGAAGCGUGUGUGAUGUGACUUUAAAAGAUCAAAUUAUAAUAUAUUGGUGUAAAAACAUCCGAAAACUACAGCCAGGUGCCUUACCUUAGAGCUUACAAAGGUUACCUUGAACAGAGAAACAACCAUAAGAGAAGGUUUCUUCAUUAAAAGUUUCUUCAUACUUCCUCAGUCCUAGUUGUAUGCCAAUUUUAACAUAAAACUAUCCUACCCUCCGGCGUUUAUUUACAAUAUUUGCCAGCAGACCUGACGCGUUUUGGAGACUGGCAUUUAUAUUAGAUCACUAGCUUCACAUGCUUCAUGUGGUCAUUGAAUAGCUGCUAACACACAACCUUAUAGCAAC